AUGGCUACCCCCAGUGUUCUUACCUUUGAUACUGAGGGUCUAGCUGUUGACUUUGAGGUCUGGGUCGAUGACCUACAGCUGUUCCUACAGUGCGAUAGGGCAGACGACCUCUCCCUGUUCGACCUCACCUCUUGUGCCUCCCCUGCCCCGCUUGCUAUUGCUGACAAAACUGUUUGCUCACAGUGGGUGACACGCGAUGCUGCUGCUCGUCUUGCUGUGCGUCGCCACUUACCGACCACUGAGCGUGCGCACUUUAGCCAGUACAAGAGUGCACAGACCUUGUACAACGCUACAGUUGCACGCUACUCUUCCCCUGCCACUGCUGCACUGAGCCGCCUCAUGCUACCGUACCUCUUCCCUGACCUUGCUGCCUUUCCCACAGUCGCUAACCUCAUUACGCACCUCCGCACUAGUGACACUCGCUACCGCGCUGCGCUUCGUGCUGAGGACCACUUCCUCUUAGUUUGCCCUACCACACUCACCGUUGACCUCCUCGAGGAGCGCCUCCUAUCAACAGAGAAGAGCAUAGUCUCUGUAGGAGCCUCUCGUGGUGACCCUCGCACCCCCGUCUUUGAGGGGUGUUCCCCCUCCCCCUUCUUGCCCUCUGUUGCUUCUGCUGCUGCCGACCUCGUUGGUUUUACGGGGUUGGCGCUGCGUCUGCCCCGAGCGGGAGACACCGCACCGGCAAGGGCAAAGGGGGCAAGGGAGCUGGAGGAGCUAGCAGGGGCGGUGGAGGUGGUGGGGGAGGCAGUGGAGGGGGUGGGGGUGGUGGUGGGAGUGGUGGUGGGGGUGGCGGCGGCGGUGGCAGAUGUGGAGGCGGAGAAGGCGGCGGUGGUGGCGGAGGGAGCGGAGGCGGCGGAGGUGGCGGAGGCGGCGGCGGCAGUGGAGCUGGUCGCGACUCUGCGCAGAGGAGUGGGUCCGGUGGUGGUCCGCGCCAGCAGCAGCAGCGCAGUCAUGAGACCCUGUCCCCUCAGCAGCUUCGUGAGUGGUACGCUGCGCGUCAGCGCGGUGGGGGUACUGGUCCCUGCACUUACGUCCUCCGUACCGGCGACCGCGCUGGUGAGCACUGCGGGGGCCCGCACUCCACCCAGCGCUGCUUCGGCCGCCUGA